AUGACGCUGCGGGAGGCGCGGAGGCGGCGAAGCCCGGCCGGAGCCAUGUCAGCAGGUGGCGGAGGGCAGCGAGACAGCGGGGCCGCAGGCGGGCGCCGCAGUAAGUGGGACCAACCCGGCCCAGCCCCUGCCUUCCUUCUGCCCGGUACGGCGCCGCUGCCCGGGCGCCCCUUUCCCGGCGGCGGAGAUGGCGGCUCCGCUGUGGCAGGUUCCGAAAGCUCCGCAGCCCCUUCGGGAGCGCUGGACGCGGCCGCGGCUGUUGCCGCGAAGAUCAACGCGAUGCUGAUGGCCAAAGGGAAGCUGAAGCCGGCGCCCAGCACGGCGGACAAGCUGCAGGCUCUGGGAAAAGGUCCAGCUACAAGCAAAAGCAAAGAUGACCUUGUGGUGGCAGAGGUGGAAAUCAAUGAUGUCCCCCUCACGUGCAGGAACCUGCUGACGAGAGGACAGACUCAGGAUGAGAUAAGUCGACUGAGUGGAGCAGCUGUUUCUACUCGAGGAAGAUUCAUGACUGCAGAAGAGAAAGCCAAAGUGGGACCUGGAGAUCGUCCUCUGUACCUCCACGUCCAGGGUCAGACACGGGAGCUGGUUGACAGAGCUGUUAACCGAAUUAAAGAGAUCAUCACUAAUGGAGUAGUGAAAGCAGCCACAGGUUCUAGUCCAACCUUCAAUGGAGCUACAGUGACUGUCUAUCAUCAGCCAGCUCCUAUUACUCAGCUGUCUCCAGCAGUUGGCCAAAAACCUUCAUUCCAGUCAGGGAUGCAUUAUGUCCAGGACAAGUUGUUUGUUGGUCUGGAACAUGCUGUGCCUACAUUCAACGUGAAGGAGAAGGUGGAAGGGCCUGGUUGCUCCUACUUGCAGCACAUUCAGAUUGAAACAGGAGCCAAAGUUUUUCUCCGUGGGAAAGGCUCAGGUUGCAUAGAGCCUGCGUCGGGCAGAGAAGCUUUUGAGCCCAUGUACAUCUACAUCAGUCACCCAAAGCCAGAAGGUUUGGCAGCUGCUAAAAAGCUGUGCGAGAAUCUGUUGCAGACUGUUCAUGCUGAGUACUCUCGAUUUGUGAAUCAGAUAACCACUGCAGUGCCCUUAGCAGGCUUCACGCAGCCUGCUGCCAUCAGCAGUGUCCCCUCCCAGCCAUCCUAUUACCCUUCCAAUGGGUAUCAGUCUGGUUAUCCUGUUGUGCCCCCUCCUCAACAACCAGUUCAGCCCCCAUAUGGUGUACCAGGCAUAGUCCCACCUGCAGUGCCAUUAGCACCUGGAGUCCUGACAACGCUCCCCACAGGAGUGCCACCUGUGCCAACGCAGUAUCCAAUACCUCAAGUCCAGCCUCCAGCCAGCACUGGCCAGAGUCCACUGAGUGGUCCUUUCCUUCCUGCUGCCCCAGUCAAAACAACCAUGCCAACUGGUACCCAGCCCCCAGCUCAGCCCCAUCCCCAGGGUCAAAAGAGACGCUUCACCGAGGAGCUGCCGGAUGAGAGAGAAUCAGGACUGCUGGGAUAUCAGCAUGGACCCAUUCAUAUGACUAAUUUAGGUACAGGCUUCUCCAGUCAGAGCGAAAUCGAUGGAGCCGGAUCGAAGCCAGCAAGUUCCUCAGGAAAGGAAAGAGAGAGGGACAGGCAGCUGAUGCCUCCACCAGCUUUUCCUGUCACUGGGAUGAAAUCGGAAUCUGAAGAAAGAAACGGUGCAGGGUCUUUACCAGGCAGCCAUGAUCAUCAAGCUAAGAAGAUGAAAACUACAGAGAAAGGCUUUGGAUUAGUGGCAUAUGCUGGAGAUUCAUCAGAUGAAGAGGAGGAACAUGGGGGCCAUAAAAACGCAAGUAGCUUUUCACAGGGAUGGAGUUUGGGGUACCAGUACCCUUCCUCACAGCAAAGAGCUAAACAACAGAUGCCAUUUUGGAUGGCACCAUAAGAGCUUCAAAAGAGGGGUUUUUUUCAUUCAGUUUUUCCCCCUCCCUCCUAGCAAUAAUUGCAUGUAGAUUGCAGAAUGGACUUUGCAAACAAGGCAUUGGUUUUACAUUUGCAGAAGCUAAAGCGUUCAGCAUUUUCCCCUUGAAAGGGCUCCAUUUGGUUUUAAAAUCCUGAGUUCUGCAGUGAAUUUGGCAAUCACAAACAAACAAAGAAAAAAAGAGUAUUUUGCCAGGGCUUGUCCCUUAUCCAAUGGGGGAAGGACUCAAAAGAGAAACUUAAGGAAGCCUUUGGCAGUCUGUUUCCCAUUUUUCCAGGGUAACUUAAAAGUCAUUCAUGCUGACCUCAUUCUACACCUGGUGUUUGUGGGUUUUUUUUAUUGAGUGCUGCUGCUGUCAGCCUCUGUUUGCAGUCCCAUUGAGCUCUUGGUGACCCCAGCUUCAAUGUUUGGACUUUGAACAAAGGAAAAGGAUUGCACAGUAGUUCUGAGAAACAUGAGGAUCAUACUUCCUACAGCUCUUCAUUGGUUUUUACUUUAAGCAUCUCCUGUAACUCAGCUUUUUUCUCCUAAAACGUGUUUUUUUACUAACCCCACAACUUCUCCUUCUAGCUGGAAGUCAGGGCAGGGGGAAUGCUUGGUGGCUUUCAUCUUGCCGCUAAGCCCCAGGUGCUCUUGGCACCUUAGCACUGUUCCUUCAGUCAAUCCCUGGAUUCACUCCCAUCCAGCAGUUGGUUCAGAACUCCUGACUCCUUGUCAGGUUUGCCCUCAUCUCUUAACUCAUUCACUUCCUUGGUUCUAUCCCUUCUGUUUCAUGGUGGUUUGACAAAGAAAAGGCAACAACUGGCUCCCCCCACACGGCACCCGUGGCCUGAGCACAGCUGCUGCUCUUGCCUCAAAGCAUGGAAGUGGAACCUGGAAAUAAGUUGUUGGACACGAACUGCACCUUGGGCUUUUGUGGUGGGACAGCCUCUUGCAGAAAGAACUCUUGUAUGGAGAAGGGACAGAUGGGACUGAUGACGUGCUGGUCAGCUUUGGGCAUGGGAGAAGUCGUUUUAAAAAAGAAGGGAGGGUGCUGCUGCUGCAUACCUCCAGACCUUGCUGGCUUACUUGUACAAAUGUUGUCUUUCCUAUAUGUUGUAAAUAA